AUGGGUGCGCAUGAUCCCCGAAGCAUGCACAACAGUGGUGCCGACACACCUCCCAUCACACCUGGCAGCGCCUCGCAUUCCAAGUCCAACUCGACGUCGUCCGACUUUCUAAGUUCGUUAUCGAGUCUACGACGUGGCGAUUCGAUAUCGUCCCUCAGCCGGCCUCGACUAUCACUGGACGAGUCACCGCAACCUGUCAGCACCGAACUCACCACCUUCCCGUAUCACCUAACGGACUACGAGUUCAAGACGGAUGAUCGCGGGCGUAAGAAGACCAUCGGCGAAGGAGCCUGGAGCGAUGUCUUCCUAGCGAAACCCUGCCCGCCCAAACCAACCGAACAGUCCCCAUCACAGCCUCCCUGUGGCCCCGAAAUGACUCCACCACUCACCCCAGUCCGAAGCAUAGACUCUGGCGUAGACGUCAGUCGACUCCCCGCCACCCCACCCAUGUACGCCGUAAAAGUACCAGCCAUGACCAGCGCCAAAAAGGUACUCAGCGCAGAAGCAAGAAUCCUAUCUUACCUCUCCCGCUUCCCAGACGCAGAAAACCACAUCGUCCCCUUCUACGGCCUAGACACACGCAACGGUGCCAUCCUCCUCCAAGCCAUGGACGACACGCUGGAAGGCUGGAUUCAGAAGACGCUCAACACGCUGGACGAAGAGGCUCGAGCAGCGAGACUGGCUGAAGUAUUCCCUAGCAUCGCCCUCGCACUGCUCAACAGCUUAGCAUGGAUGCAAAACAAGGGAUGUACCCACGCCGACAUCAAACCCUCUAACAUCCUCAUCUCCUCUUCUUCCCCCCUAUCAACCGCCGCGCCCAAAUCCAUCUACACAGACUUCUCCUCAACCAUCCUCUCCCACCCUUCCGCCACCAUCGAAUCCACAGCCUCCCCCCUCGGCGCAGGGACAUGGGAUUACCUCGAUCCGUCACUGCUCAGCUCCUCGUCUACUUCUCCUCCUUCCGCGACUUCAGAUCUCUGGUCCUUGGCUAUCACGUUGCUGUUUCUUAUCCUGGGUGGCUCGCCGUAUGAUGCGUUCAAGGGGAAUAAGUAUCAGCAGAGGGAGAUGAUUAAGGCGGGGUGUCCGCUACAGGUUAUGGGGCAUGAUGAUUUGGGCGUGAGGAAUUUGAAGAGGGUGCAGGGGUUGAGUAGGGAUCUUGGGUUUGAUCUUUUGGGGUGGUUUGGGAGGGUACUUGUUAAAGAUGGGGGAAAGAGGGUUGAUUUAAAGGAGUGGAUGGGGGAGUUAGAGAGGAAGCUUUGA